UGCCAGCGGCGGCCGGGCGAUGGCGAGGAGCCGGGCGGCUUACGAGUACACGGAGGCGGAGGACAAGAGCAUGCGGCUGGGUUUCCUCCUCAUCGCCGCCGGCUUGCUCUCCCUCCUGGGUUUGGGCUGUUGCUGGCUUCGCCCUGCGCUGCAGGAGCGGGGCGGCGGCGGCUCCGCCAACUGCACGGUGCUGGCGGUGCGGCAGCUGGGGGAGCGCUUCGCCUGCACCUUCUCCUGCGGGGCGGCGUGCCGCGGCACCGCCCGCUACCCCUGCCUGCAGGUGCUGGUCCGCACCUCCCGCUCCUCCGCGCCCGCCCUGCUCCAUGAGGACGAGCGGCAGCUGCGCACCAACCCCAAGUGCUCAUACAUCCCUCCCUGUGCAAGAGAUGAUCAGGAGAACUCUGAGAACGUCACGUACAAGCAGAAAUACUGGAAGGAGAAAGUGGGAUCUCAACCAUUCACAUGCUACUUUAACCAGCACUUGAGGCCGGAUGACGUGAUGCUGAAGCGCACCCAUGAUGAGACUGUUCUCUUGCACUGCUUCCUCUGGCCCGUGGUGACUUUGCUGGUCGGAGUCCUCAUCGUGGUCCUGACCAUCUGUGCCAAGAGCUUGGCUAUCAGGGCAGAGGCAAUAAAAAAGAGGAAGCAUUUGUGAGUGGCAAGGCUGCUUGUGGAAAAGAGAAACCUGCAAGAAGGUCUGAGGUGGGGCAGCCUGACACCCCUGCAGGUCUGUGGGGCACACAACUGCAUCUCCUGCCAGGGUCUGAUCUGUGGUGGAGUAGCUCUUGUCUCAGGACUGCUCCUGGGAGAUUGCCCUGUGAAAUGCCUGCUAAUUGCUUCUUCUGCUAUGGCACUAAAUAAGUAUAUCCUACCAAAAAAAGAGAGAGAAAUCUACACUGCACCAAAUAUGCUGUGUGCUGUUAGUGCUGAAGAGCAGCUGCCCAGAAACUGAGACAGUUUAUGAAACUCUCUGGUGAUGUUGCUUUCAUCUCCACAAGGCGAUCUUUGCUAAUGUUUAAUAUGAAAUAUUUAAAAUAUUUACUUUAGAUAGAACAUAUUUCUAGAAUAAUAAAAUUUUGUUGUUUUGGGGGUUUUAACUUUUGGGGGUUUUCUUUUUUUCCUUUUUUUUCCUUUUUUUUUCUUUUUCUUUUCUUUUUCUUUUCUUUUUUUAUUCAAUGCUUUAAGGCAAACGUAGCAUUGUGCUGGUUAGGUUUUUUCCCCACUGUGUAGAACUUAAUUUUGAAGUUCAAACUUUACCUUCUGUCUAGACAAAAUCUUUCAUCAUCACCCAUUCACUGUGAUGAAAUGUAGAAAUCUCUCAGAAAUACUUCUUAAAAAAAUGAAGCGGUUAUUGGAAAAGAUGAUUAAAUACUGGAUCUACCUUUAUUGCCUCAGUGGUAUUCAGUCCUAGAGUUUUUCUUGUCCCCUCUCAGACACCCUCUUCACGAGUGCUCCAUGCUGUAAGGAGCAGGGAUUUUACAGGAGUGUGUUUUGCCAGCACCCUGCCCACCCAGUGAGUGCCUGGUGCUUGCUGAGGGGCGCCUGUGUGUCACUGGUGUGACUCACAGCACCAGAGAGGGACAGCAGCUCCUGUAGGGCUGCAGGUGUUUGCUGCUGAGCUGCCCAUCCCAGCCUCCCCAGCUCCAUGGAGGCUGCCUCCGAGGGGCUGCUCCAGAAGACACAGGGCACUGUGGGCAUGGAGUCUUGCUGGGUCUGCUUGCCCCAGCCCUGGCUGUGUGUGAUGGGAGCACCAGCUCCAGCCCACUGGCUCAGCCCAGAGAGCUCCCUGCUCCUGGCAGUCUCGCAGAGCACAUUUACCCUGCUGCAGUCGGGGCUGGGGCCAGAGCAGUCCCAUGGCACUUGUCACAGCCCCACAGGGCCCCCGGGAGCAGCUGUGCAGCUUGGCAGUGCUGGAGGGCAGCAAAUGGAAAUGCCAUGUGGCUGGGUCGGGAAAGUGAGUGAUUACUGGCAAAGCACUUCAAUCUACAUUAACAAUUCUGCAAUUCUAAACAUACUGUGCAUUAUACUAAUCUCUGAUAUUCUUAGUAUUAUGUGUAAAUACCUUGGCGUUCAUUGUGAUUUUAACAUAUAGCAGAAAUAUUUCCUGAGCAUGAGAAAAGUGCU